UCCCCGUCCAGCGAGCCGACGCCGACGCAACGCCGACGCCAUUGCGAGUCGGUGCGUCGAAGGAGAAGGUCCUUGUCGGCUUGUCGGAAGUGCGUUCUCCAUCUUCACUGCGCUUCAGGCUUUCAAGUCUGGUACUUGCAUCCAACAAAGCUACGAAACUUAGGGACUCGAACUGGUCGCGGGGGGCUAGGCUAGGGUCACUUCAGGCUUUCAAGUCUGGUACUUGCAUUCAACGAAGCUACGAAACUUAGGUAGUCGUCAUGAGUGAUAGUGGUGACAUGAGUGACUGCGGCAGUGGUGACAUGGGUGGCAGUGUUGCUGGUGACAUGGACAUUGGCAACUCUGUGCAAGGGGCUGAGACUGCUGUGGAAGGCGAGACCACUGUUGUUGCGGAUCUUCAGCAGGAAACUGAAGAACCCGACAGUGCCUAUGGCACUAUGGUUCAGAACACCCCUGCAAGCUCUGUUGCAAGCUCCCUUGCAAGCUCAACUGAAACUAUCAAUGCAGACUGUGCCAUGGACGUGGAUGAAGUUUCUUCAAAUGGUACCGUUCAAGCUACUGGUGAUGAUGUUCCAUCGGACAUGGGACUGCGCUGUGAUGGAUGCAAGAAACACUAUGAUUCCCGUACUCAGGUUGUGAAGGGUGAAUGUGGACAUGCUCAGUGCACCGAAUGUUGGUCAAAGUCAAAUAAUCUUUGCUCCUCCUGCAGCAUUUAUUCUCCAAAUAUGCAGCCAAUGUCUCCAGAACCCAUUGAUGAACCGAUGGAAGCCAAUGCAAACAGCAAGAGCAAGGGUGUACUCUUGAAGAGUUCCAUUCAGGACAACAGUUCUGAGACUGGAUUGAAGACUAAACUCAGUCAUCCAAGCACUGGAGCAGUGAGCAAGGGUGUACUUUUGAAGAGUGCCACCCUCACUAAACCAUUGAAUGGAAUGAAAGUUCAACCCGGCCAGCAAGGUGCAUCUGCUCCAGCAUCGAAUAUGGCAGAGGUGAAAAUCAAGUGCAUGGAUGGUAGACACCUUGAUGAGAAAAUUAACCCUAGCACCACAACUGUGGGCGGAUUGAAGCAAACGAUCCAUCAGAAGACGGGCAUUAGCUCCGAGAGGCAGCAUCUGCUGCACCAAGGAAAAACCAUGACUAAUACCAGGAGUUUGCACUCCUAUAGUGUUACUAAUGGAUCCACCAUCCAGAUGGCUGAGAGAUGCAGCGGUGGUUAACUACUUUUCUCUCUUCCUUUUUUUUUUUUUUUUGUUCCUUUUCAAGAUUUUUGUUUGAGUUUGAUAUGUAUUCCUUAGAAUUUGUUAGAAUUUUGCUAUUGUUCUCUUCCUUAGUGUUAAAUGAUAGGAUAUCCUUUUAUCUUUACUGACAGCAUUCUGUAAAUUCCAGAUGCUGUGUAGAGUCCUCAGAAUUUGU